AUGAGUGAAAAACUAGUUGUUCCUAGUAUUUCACCUUCAGGUUUUAACCAUAUUUCCAGUAUUGGCAGUCAUUUACAGGGAGAAGAUCAUGAAGUCAACUUAGAUGCAAUGACAUCAAACCCAUUAGGGUUAGCUGAAGUUGGUACUUCUUUAACUGAAUCUGAAAAAUGGUUUGUUUUAAGAAGAUUACAUUUUGAUACUUUGAUGAGUUUAGAUGAUUUGCCUCCAUCUGCCACUUUUAUAUUUGAGAAAAUCGAGCAAAUGGCUCCUGAAGAAGCUGUUGAGAUUUUGAAAAAGGCUAUUGAAGAACAUGGUGCAGAUGUUAACAUCCCAGACCAAGAUUUGCAGCUUUGGAAAGAGUUGGUCGACUUUCAUGGUUCAAAAGAAGUUCAUCUUGGCACACCAGAUCAUAGCUCUGACGGUGGAUCAAUAACUGGUAAAGAUGUGAAAUAUCAUGUACAUGAAAAAGGUGCUGAAGAUUCAUUAACUGAUCCAAAUCGUCAUGAAAUUGUUGAUUGGACUUUGCAAGUAAGAUUAGAAUCUGUUUUGGUUGCUUAUUGGUCCCCAUAUCCUGAGGUUAGAGCAGUUACUUUCCCUUUUGACGAUCCAACUAUUCCUGUUGAGACCUUUAGAGUUUAUUUGAUUGGUAUUAUUUGGACUGGUAUUGGUGCAGUUAUCAACCAAUUCUUUGCUGAAAGACAACCUUCCAUUUCUCUUGCCAUGUCUGUGGUGCAAGUGUUUUUGUAUCCAUCCGGUUUGCUUUGUGAAUGGAUUUUACCUAAUUGGAGUUUCACCAUUUGGAAAUGGAGAAUCGAUUUAAACCCUGGUCCAUACACAUUCAAGGAACAAAUGUUGGCUACUAUUUUCUGUGGUGUUUCUGGUGGUUCGACAUCGUAUGUCUCCUCUAAUAUUCUUAUGCAAAAAUCUGAAUUGUUUUACGACAAUAAAUGGGUUGAUUUUGGUUAUCAAGUUUUAUUGAUUUUGUCUACAAAUUUCCUUGGUAUUGGUCUUUCCGGUAUUAUGAGAAAAUUUGCUGUCUAUCCAGUGAAAGCUGUCUGGCCUUCUAUUUUACCAGGUAUCGCCUUGAACAAAACAUUAUUGUCUCCAGCCAAGAAAGAAGUUAUCAAUGGAUGGAAAAUAUCAGCUUACAAGUUUUUCUUUAUCACUUUCUGGGCAUCGUUUGCAUAUUUUUGGGUUCCUGACUACUUAUUCCAAGCAUUGUCAUAUUUCAAUUGGAUGACUUGGAUCAAACCUGACAAUUUAAAUCUUGCUGUAAUUACCGGUUCUCUUGGUGGGUUGGGCUUAAACCCAAUUCCUACCUUUGAUUGGAAUUACUUUAGUUCAAUGUUACAACCAUUACAGGUUCCGUUUUAUAACCCUGUUAAUAAUAUUAUUGGUAUGAUGUUUGGUUUCUUCUGUAUUAUCGGUGUUUGGUAUUCCAACUAUAAAUGGACUGGUUAUCUUCCAAUUAAUGACAACGGGUUAUACACCAACACUGGUGAACCUUAUUCAGUCACUGCUGUUGUCAAUGAAAAGAGUUUGUUUGAUGUCGACAAAUAUAAUGAAAUUGGUCCCCCAUUUUAUACUGCUGCUAAUUUGGUUGUUUAUGGUGCCUUCUUUGCUCUUUAUCCCUUCCAUAUUGUUUACGAAAUUGGUAUGAACUACAGGGAAAUGUGGGAUGCUUGUAAAUCCUUCUGGAGAUUGUUCAGAAAUUGGAGGAAUUCAACUUAUGAUGGGUUUGAUGAUCCUCAUAGUAUAAUGAUGAGAAAUAAUUAUAAAGAAGUUCCGGAAUGGGCAUACCUUAUUAUUGUUGUUAUUUCGUUGGUGUUGGCUAUCUUGUGUGUCAAAGUUUAUCCUGCUGAAACUCCUGUUUGGGGUAUUUUCUUUGCUUUGGGUAUCAAUUUUGUCUUCUUGAUUCCAUUGACCACAGUUUAUGCUAGAACUGGUUUCUCGUUUGGUUUGAAUGUUUUAGUGGAAUUAAUUGUUGGUUAUGCUAUUCCAGGUAAUGGUUUGGCUUUGGCUUUCAUUAAAGCGUUGGGUUAUAACAUUGACGGUCAAGCUCAAAAUUUCAUCAAUGAUUUGAAACUGGGUCAUUAUGCUAAACUCCCACCAAGAGCAGUGUAUCGUGUACAACUCUUGUCUAUUUUCAUUGCAUCUUUCAUUCAAUUGGGUAUUUUGAAUUUCCAAAUUGAUGGUGGUAUUGCUAACUAUUGUGAUCCAAAAAAUACCCAGAAAUUUACUUGUCCAGGUACAAGAACCUUCUACUCAGCUUCUGUUUUGUGGGGUGUUAUUGGGCCAAAGAAAGUUUUUAACGGGUUGUAUCCAAUUUUGCAAUGGUGUUUCUUGAUUGGUUUCUUGGCUGCUAUCCCAUGUAUUAUCAUCAAGAGAUGGGGUCCAAGAAAUUAUGUGAAAUACUUUGAACCAUCUAUUAUCAUUGGUGGAUUCUUGGGCUAUGCUCCUUAUAACUUGACAUAUUAUCUUCCAGGUUUGUAUGUCUCCUACGUUUUUAUGUCUUACAUCAGAAGAAAAUAUGAAGCUUGGUGGCAAAAGUACAAUUAUAUUCUUUCAACUGGUUUGAAUGCUGGUAUUGCUUUCAGUUCAAUUAUUAUCUUCUUUGCUGUCAUGUACCAUGAAAAGGAUAUCAACUGGUGGGGAAAUACUGUUUCCUACUCUGGAAUUGAUCUUUCAAUGACAGGUUGGUUGGAUGCCUCUGUUGAUGCUCCAGAUGGUUAUUUCGGUCCAAGAGUAGGGGACUUCCCAUAA